AUGUUUGUGAAGCCUCAAGAAGUUUUGAUAGCCAAUGCAUUUUGGGAAACGGAAAAAACUUCAAUUUACUUUGUUUUACAACACAGAAAAGGACAUGGAAAUUCCAAAGGUAUUUCAUCACUACUUGUGGGAACCAUGGAUAGCAUUUUUGAUACUAAACCAGCACCUUACAGAAUUUUGCAUCAAACUCCUACAUCAGAAUUAUAUUACUUGGUGGCUUGUUCGCUGACAAGAAAAGAAAUACUGGAAGACUGGGAAUGGCUUUUCAGUAAUGUCUGUGAAACAUUACAUUGCUUUGACAGUGAAGAUGAUAUAACAGAAUUUGUCAUGUGUAAAAUAGAGUCUGUGAUUGCAACACGCCAUGAAAUUGAAAUUGAUGAUGAAGAUACAACAUCUUUCAAAGUAACAUCAGAGAAAUUCCAUAGACUUUUCAAUCUACCAAAAGAUGAAAAAUUGGUCAAUUAUUACUCCUGCAGUUAUUGGAAAGGAAAAAUUCCACGUCAAGGCUGGAUGUAUUUGUCCAUAAACUAUUGUUGUUUUCAUGCGUUCAUCCUCGGUAUCGAUACGAAAGUUUGCGUUAGAUGGUCGGAAGUGAUGAGUUUGGACAAAAGAAACAGCCUUAUUCUUCCAGACUCCAUGCAACUUGUCACGAGAGAGAAAGUGUACAACUUCAGUAUGUUCCUGAGCAGGAAUGAGACGUUUUCGCUGAUGGAACAACUCGUCGAUUUAGCUAUGAAAAGGCUUAUUGACGACAAAAGAAGUUAUAGUGAAGAUAAAGAAUUGUUGAACAAGCUGAGUAAGAACGUCCCAAAAAAAGCGUCUUUUCUGAAAAGAGACCUAGACGCCAGGGCUCAGUCGGAAGCUUAUAGACUGAUGUUCAGAUUGCCAUCGACAGAAAAAUUGGAUGGUUCUAUAGAUUGUACAUUACUUACACCAUAUAACAAGAAACAUGUGAGCGGAAGGAUUUUUCUCUCACAAAAUUACAUUUGCUUCGAGAGUAGGGUGAAAGCGCAAGUCAGCCUAGUCAUACCGUUAAGAGAUGUAACCCUUGCUGAAAAAAUAGAGACGAACAUGUUGAACCAGUCUUUGGAUAAAGCCAUAAUAAUCACGAUGAGUGAUACCCUCAACCGGACGAAUUUCAUAUUUGCUCAAAUCCUCGACAGGGAAUUUCUGAUCGAGAAAAUCUCGGAAUUAUUGUCGAAGACAAAGGGUUCCAAAACGAAAGAAUUGAACGAUUAUGCUCACUCCAGGAAACCCGAGCGAAUAUCCAAAACCGGUGACAGUUGGAAGCCGCAACAAGCCCUCAUGAAACUGUUCCCGCUCAGUCCCAUUCCCGACGUCAACAAAAAGCAGGAGGUGAAAGCUAGAGAGUGGGAGGAGCACUUCAACGUGUACGGACGUGGCGUGUCGAUGUACAGGACGACCGAAGUGGCAGGGCUCGUUCUGCAAGGCAUACCCGACCACCUCAGGAUGGAUAUCUGGAUGUCCUUUUCAGGCGCUGCCAACGAAAAGUCGGCCCACCCGAACUACUACCGCACUACGGUCGAGAGGGCGCUGGUGCAGCAGUCGACAGCCAACGACGAGAUCGAAAGAGAUUUGCACCGGUCACUGCCCGAGCACCCCGCCUUCCAGAGCGCCGUGGGAAUCGACGCGCUGCGCAGGGUGCUGUGCGCGUACGCGCUGCACAACCCGAGCAUCGGUUAUUGCCAGGCCAUGAAUAUCGUCGCUUCCGUCCUGUUGAUAUAUUGCAACGAAGAAGACGCUUUCUGGCUGCUGGCGACCCUUUGCGGAAAUUUACUGCCCGACUAUUAUAAUACCAGGGUCGUAGGGGCUGUUGUUGAUCAGGGUAUCCUAGACGAGCUCACCUUCGAAUAUUUACCUAAUCUACAUGAUAAGCUCAACCAAUUAGGUAUGACAAAUAUGAUCUCCCUCUCGUGGUUCCUCACUAUAUUUUUAUGUGUGAUGCCGUACGAAAGCGCCGUCAACAUUAUGGACUGUUUUUUCUACGAUGGCGCCAAAGUGAUCUUCCAAGUCGCAUUGAUGUUGUUGGAAUGGAACCAAGAAGAUCUUUUGCGCUGCAGAGAUGAAGGGGAAGCCAUGCAACUUUUAGCAAAAUAUUUGAUGGGCGUUUUCAAUGAUGAAGGACGAGGUGCAAUCAGAAACAAAAGUUAUGACGAUCAAAUAAGGAGCAUAUCAGUUCAAGUGUUGGUAUACGAGGCGUACAGGAAGUACGGAUCCCUGACGACGGGUCAAAUCGAAAGGUUGAGGCUGAAGCACAGACUGAAAGUGGUGCAAGAGCUGGAGGAUACGUGCGAGAGGAACGUGUUGAGGUGUGUCUCGGGCGAUGGAUUUUUCACCACCGAAGAAUUACAGGAUCUGCUGGCGCUAGUUAGGGAAGAAAUAAUCAGGGAAAAGAAAUGCAUUCCAGAUAAACAUGAUCCAUCGUUGCAGCCCUACGAAGCAUACAAAGUCGAUUUCGACUAUUUCAAAAUAUUGUUCGCGGCACUGUCACCUUGGGGAAAGGGGGAGACCGCUGAAUCGUUGGCCGCAAGAAUAUUCAUGCUGAUGGACCAGAACCGCGACGGCUUCCUGAACUUCCGCGAGCUAGCAACCGCCCUCGGCCUUACUUGCGCCGUCGACGCGGCCCACCGGCUCAAGCUGCUCUACGCCGUCCAUCUGCCGCCGCUUCUGCACAUGGCGGACAUCGAGGCGCCUGCGCGGCACGAGAGCGGCGCCGAGAUAGCCGCUGAAGCGUCAGAAUUCUUCACCGGCGUCGAGGAGAGCGUCGGAGAGACUCUGAAUGAGGAGCUGGAGUCUCCAGGGAUAGCGCCGUUUCAGUGGCAGAUCGUCUUGCCUCACGUGCUUCUUUAUGGGUCGUCCGCAACAGUCCACUUCUUCGCAAAUCUGGCCCUUGGCCCUUAA